UGAGGCGGCCUGUGAUUGGACAAGAGGCGUGUGGCUCAAGAAGUUCAGGAGGCGAGUUUCUCAAGUUGGAUGUGGAGACUCAGUGAGAAGUGGCAGCUGUAUCUGGGACACGCUAAAGAAAAGUGACCGAGCACGGAGACAGGCAAAGCCUCUAGGGGGCCAUGUCUGGUGGCAGCGGUGCUAACAACAGCUGGACCAUCCUCUCUUCUGAGGAAACUGUUGCUGAAACCCUGAGGCCUUUGGCAGAGGGGACUGAGCAGAAUGAAGAAAACCAGACAACUACAGCAGGUUGUGGGGAGAACAUCCAGCCUGCGAACGCUGCAGAACCUGCAGAAGGACUCGCCGUGCAGGACGACACAGUGUCAGAAGAAAAACCAGCAGAGCUAAGCGAGGCCUCUGAGCCAACCGCUGUCACCGAAGCCCCUAGUUCUUCCACUGUGGAGGCUUCUGACAGCUCCGUCCAUGAAGUCGGCCAGACGGAGGGCUCGCCUGAGGGCCCGACGGAGCUCGGCCCCGACCCCGAUUCAUCCUCCGACUCCUACACCUGCAUCACCUCCUCCCCCGACGAGCCUCCAGCCUCGCUGCUGAGCACCGAGACCGUCGGAAGUGCAGAGUUUGCACCGGACGAAGAGAAGCUCGAUCAGGAGGAGACGCUGCAUCACCUGAACGGGGAGGAGCUUCACCUGGAAGGGGAGGAGUCGGAGCACCAGAGGUCGACCGAUUUGGGAAAACAGGCAGUGUACUUGGUGGACCAGCUGGUUCUGGACUUGUUCAGUAUCUGGGCCAGGAGGUUGUCUGGAGAGGCUGUGGUUGACUCCCCUCCGGAUUCAGAGGUGGGUGAGAAGACGGGGGAGGAGGGGGAGCCGGAGGUGAGGAGGAGAAGGUCUCUCCUGGCAGCUCUGGAGAGGGUCGGAAGGAGAGAGGAGGAGGAGGAGGAGGAGGAAGAUGAAGACUUUCAGGUGCCACAGCGGGAGGAAGACAGCGGGUUCUCUGUGAACAAGUGCAUCCUGGGAGCCGUGAUUCUGUUGGGCCUCGGAACCAUCUUUUUCUCAGGUGUUUUCAUGGACCUGGAUGAGGAAAGUGACUACGGCCCAGCGGAGAUGAAAGGUGCAGAAGUACCAGGAAAACAGGAGUGGCUUAAUCCAGAGGCCCCUCCGCCCCCAGUCGACGCCGACAGUUCACAGCUUCUAAAUAAGUUAGCCGAAGGGAGCCAGCAGAUUUCGGUGCUGCAAGCCCAACUUCAGGCACAGAAAGAGGAGCUAAAAGUAGCCAAGGGACAGGCAGCAGAGGGAGCGAAGGAGCGUCGGCACUGGGAGGAGGUGGAGAAGGAAAACAGUAGGUUGAAGACAGAGAUGGCCUCUCUCCCUGUCCUUCAGAAAGAGAACGAGAGGAUGAAGAAAGAUCUGGAGUCUGUCCCGGCCCUACAGAAAGAGCUAGAAACUCUGAGAUCCACUGUGACCGAAUUAAAACUCUCCUCAGCAGCCGAGCAUGCAGCUCACGUGAAGCCCACUACAUCACCCCCUACUGGUCAGUCUGAGGACAGCAGACAAGCUAAGAAGCCAUGGGACGACCAGAAAGAGAAGAAGAAGAAAGUUAAAUACGACAUGGGCGAGAAGAAAGAGUGGAAAGAGAAAUCUGCAUGGAAGGAAGAAGAUAAAAAGGAGCGAAAAGAUGGAGGUAAAAAGGAAUGGAAGAAGGAAAAACACGAGCAGGGAACAUUUGACAAGGAAGGAAAGCAUAAGCAGCAAAGCGAUGAAGCAAAACAGUGGAAGAAAGAGAAGACGAGCAGAGGGGACGAAGGAAAGCCUUGGAAGAAUCGAGAAGGGAAGAAAGAGUGGAUAGGAAAGGACGAGAAAAAAGAAUGGAAGGAGGAGAAAGAGAGGAAGAAGGUGAAGCAUGAGAAAGUGAAUGAAGGUAAACAGUGGAAGGGAGGAAAGGAUUAUGAAGAGAGGCACAAAGGAAAGGCCGAAUGGAAGGGAGAGAAGGAAUGGAAGAAAGUGAAAGACGGCUUAAAGGAAAGUGGCAAAGAGAAGUGGGAGAGGAAAGACUGGAAGGAGAAAGGAGAGAAGAAGGAGUGGAAGAAAGAAAGUGAGUGGAGGGAUAAUAAAGAAAAGGGCGAGAGGAAACACUGGGAGGGCGGCAAAAAUCACGGCAAAGAAAGAUCAGGGAAGGACGAGAGGAAGCAGUGGAACGAGCAGGAGUUGAGUAAAAACAGAAAACAUGACAAGGAAUGGAAGAGGAAGGACGAGAAAGAGGAAGAGUGGAAAAGAGGAAAGCAGAAGGAGAAGAAGCACAGCGGAGACGGGAAGAAAGAAAAGUGGGAGAAAAGCAAUAAAUUUGCAGGUAACCACAUCCAUGAGGAAGAGCACCUUUAUACUGAUGGAAAGCAGUCUCACUCUCACCGUAAACCCUCCCUGGACCAGCCGGAGUACUGGCAGCAGCAGAAAGAUCGCCUCCAGCACAACCCCAGACCUCCACAGCACUGCAGCUCUCUGGAAACCUGUGCUCAGGCCGAACGCCUGCGUCCCGUCGCUUUACCGGACUUCCAGGCCAUCCUCCAGAUGUAUCUCGCCAAGGCAGAGGAGGCCGGGGUGGACGAAUCCAAAAGAGAGGAGCUGAGAAAGCUGGUGGCCGAGUUCUUUAAAGACGGCGUCUUCGCUCACGACCAGAUGAGCUUUCAGGAGUUUGUCGAGGACAUCGGGGACAUUUUGGAAGACAUGGUGGAAGGCGACGAGGAGGAUAGCGCCAUAGAGGAGGAAAUGGAAGCGUUUGAAAGAGAAGUUAUGGAAAAGUUUUUGAUUCCAGGAGAGAAAGAGGAGCGAAUCAAAUCAGAGUGGAGGAAGGAGGCCGAACGAGGACGUGGCUGAUGAAAUGAUAGAAUUGAUGGAUCUGUCAAAAGUAGCUCAAAGGAGUCGGGAUGGAUGAAGGUUUACUCAAAGGGAACACUUCUUAUUGGACCACAAAUGCUUAAAAGUACACAUUUAUCAGCCUGCCAUCCUUCCUGAAGGACGACUUCUCUUCAAUCUGUUGUCCAAGCGAUUUCAAUUGCAAUUGUGUUUCAUUGUUUUGGGAAGUUUUGUGUUUCACCUGCACACAUGCACACACUUUUAGUAUAAAGGGAUAUAGAAAGGGCUUGGAUCCACAUCAGAAUGUAAUGUUUUCAGAAAGAAUUUCUAAAAACAUAGAUCCUGAUGUUGAAUCUAGAGAAUAUUCUCUAAAAUGCCACAUAUACAGCAUACAACAGAAGUGAGUACACCCUUGUGCAAUGUUGAUUACAUGUAAAAGGAUUUAAAAUGUAUUAACUCUCAAUAAUUGCAUUAUUUUUAAGUUGAACAGAGUAUUUCCUCUUAUGAACAAUCAAAGACUUACAAAAAACUAUAUUGAAAGGUCAAGCCCCAAUGUAGAAACUCUUGUGAUCUCCAAUCAGUCUAACUGCGUUAACAUUGUUAUAAAUGAGCUGUAAACAGCAGCAAUUUCUCAAUUUUGAGCCUAUGGGCUGUAUCGAUGUCUGCAUCGUGGCUCCACAUGGAAAAGAAUUGCAAAACAUCUGGUUAUGAGACUUGACAAAGAUAGAAAAGGAUGUAGAAAGAUGAGUGAUGAACUAAGAAUCAGUGAAACAGAGUCAGCAGUAAUCAGGAGGUAUAGAAGGCGUCAUAGUACCACUAAUUAUGACUGCAGGUCAUCCUCCUAAAAUGACUCUAUAAACAGUGAACUAAUUUCAGAUCUAGCAGCAAAACGGCAGCUGUUUCAGACUUGUUAUAGGAGUUAUCAGUGGAAAUCAGAGUUUCUGUGAUGCUCUAAUGGACAGUGUCCAAAAAAAAAAAAAAGCCCUUGCUUGCUGUUUUGCACUAAAUUGGAAGAUGAAUCUUCUCUAGAUAACAUGAAGACACCUGAUGAAUGUUGGGAGAACAUUCUUUGGUCAGAUGUAGAUAAAUGAGUUGUUCUCAGAUGGAGUCCAGCAUGUUUGGUGUGAACCUGACCAGGACUACCACAGUGGAUGCAUAGUCCUGACAGUGAAGCACGGAGGUGGAAGUAUGAUGAUAUGGGGCUACAUGAGAGCAGAAGGUGUUUGGAAAGAUGGCGUUUAUAGUUGAAUGUCUGUGGAUAAACCAAAAUACUGGCCGACUUGAUGACUUCCAGCUGGAAGAAGAGGAAUAUUCCAGCAGGAGAACCAUCCAAAGAACUAAAUAGUUCCUACUGUGGAGCUAAACUGUUAGUGUUUAAAUUUACAUAAGAACAAAUACCAACUGUUCAACUUAGAAUUUGUGCAACUACUGUAAGGUUAUACAAUUUAGAGUAAUUUAGGUAAUAUUGCACAGUGUUUUACUCACUUCUGUCGUAUGUUGUGUAGCUUUUUAUUCGUGACUGAGCACAUGCAGCUAACGUCAACACCACUGGUUAGAGUAUUUACUUUAUAGUCUUAUUCAAACACUACUUUACUCUGCACUGUUCACCUAUUUGCUGAUCGGGCUUACAGUCCACCGUCUUCAUGUUUAAUUACUUAAGCCUGAUUCUUAACGUGGGAUUAUCUUUAAAAGUUGGUUAACAAACCAGUUUUUAAAAAUACAAAGGACGGCCUUAACACGGACUGCUGAAAAGAUUUAGCGAAUAUUUGAUGUGAAAUUAGAGAAAUCUGCGUAGAUCAUACCUUGAAGGUUGUACAUAUCGCAUUUAAGAACUUUGGCUGUAAUUUCAAAAUAUAUAAUUAACUUAUUUUCUAGAAGUUGGCAUAGGAUAGACAAAGGAAUUGGUCGGCACAUAAGGCAUUGACAUGUUGAGCAUGUAUAUUUUACUUCAGGUACGGAACUCGCGUUGUGCACUAAAAUGUUCUUAAUUGUUUUGCGAUGAAUGUAACAUUUGUUCGUGUGGAUUAGUUCGGCGCUUCGUUUUCACACGCUGAUGAAUUUAUGAGACGUAGCUGACUGAAGCUUCUGCAGCACCGUAGAGAUUGUUUAUCGGAGGAUUUCGUGUGGCAGUUUUAGCGAACUUUGAAUGUUAGGAAGUUUGUGUCCACUGCUGUUUUUGUCAUAAGAGCAGAAUAAUAAAUUGAAAUGCCUCCCUGUGAUGAA